CCGAGCACCUUUUUCCGGAAACAAACAACGUAGCCUUGCUCUCAGGAAGGGGUGCCGUUCCCGUGAAGUCGUUGGAAACGGUUGAAGGGGUGGGGGGUGCGGGGCUUUGGCGCUGCAUUAGUAGGCGACGUGCUCGAAGGAGCGGCGUUUCGACACUUAUUUAGGAUGCUGCGCGGCCUGAGCGGCUGGUUCGGCAUGAGCCGGGAAGGUGAGGAAGAAAAGCCGCCUCUCCUCGAAGGGGAAGCCGGAGCUGCUGCCGAGGAGGGAGAAGAGAGGACUGGAGGGGACGCGGCAGUGCGGAGCCAGGAGCAGGUGGAGCUGCAGAAGGACUCGGACCCGCUUCUGAAUCAGGCGAAGGGGCUGGGCAGUUAUCUCUUCAGUUUUGCCACUACUGCCACAAAAAAGAUAUCUGAGUCGGUUGCUGAAACGGCACAAACUAUAAAGAAGUCUGUAGAAGAAGGAAAAAUAGAAAAUAUAAUUGACAAGACAAUUAUAGGAGAUUUCCAGAAGGAGCAGAAAAAAUUUGUUCAAGAGCAGCAAACAAAAAAAUCAGAAGCAGCCAUGCCUCCUUGGGUAGACAGCAAUGAAGAAGAAACAAUUCAGCAACAAAUACUGGCAUUAUCAGCAGACCGAAGAAACUUCCUGCGUGAUCCACCAGCUGGGGUUCAAUUUAAUUUUGACUUUGAUCAGAUGUAUCCAGUGGCAUUGGUAAUGCUCCAAGAAGAUGAACUUCUGAACAGAAUGAGAUUUGAUCUUGUUCCAAAGCAUGUAAAAGAAGAUGUGUUUUGGAGGAAUUACUUUUACCGUGUCUCCCUGAUUAAGCAGUCUGCACAGCUCACAGCACUGGCUGCACAACAGCAAGCCGUGAGGAAAGAGCAGAAUGGCAGCCAAGAGGAUAGACAGCUAGCAGAAACUGUGCGACCAAAGACACCACCCGUAGCAAUCAAAUCUCAGCUAAAGCCUCAAGAGGAGGAAGAAGAAAUUUCAACUAGCCCAGGUGUAUCAGAAUUUGUGAGUGAUGCUUUUGAUGCAUGCAGCUUGAAUCGGGAAGAUUUGAGGAAAGAGAUUGAACAACUUGUACUUGACAAGGGCAAGGAAACAACUACAGUAGAAGAAGAAACUGCAGACUGGGAAAAGGAACUUCAACAAGAACUUCAAGAAUAUGAAGUAGUUGCAGAGUCAGAAAAACGAGAUGAUAACUGGGACAAAGAAAUAGAGGAAAUGCUACAAGGAGAAAAUUAACCACUUUGCAUUAAUAUUUUUUGGAAACUGAUGUGACCAUGUUUUUAUACUUGCUUCAGAGACUUUUCUAAGGCAUAAAAUUGCUCUUUGUGAAAGAGAGAAAGAAAGAGAGAGAGAGAAAGGACUCCAGGUGAUAGGUAAUUGGGUGUAAAAACAGUUCUUUGAAAAUACUGUUAAUAAUCCAGUGGCAUGUGAGGCAAGUUUUAAAAGUUAACGAAACAACAAAAGUUGCCGGAAAGUGUUAACUGGAUAAUCGGAAGUGAAUUUUAAAAAUAAUUUGUGAGCUGCUUUCUGUACUGGGGUAAAAAUUGAAAACUUCUAACCAUACUCCUACAAGUAAUAGGAAGUCAUGUUAAUAUUUUGAUCCCUUUGGCUCAUUUAUAAAUAUAAGUUCAUAAUACAUCUAGGUAUUAGUUCCUUAA